GGAACGCUCAUCUGCAGGCAGCUAACGAGCCGAGCUAACGUGUUAGCAUGUCCAGUACCAUCAUCCCAAACUAAAGCAUUUUCUUAGUUUUAUGAUUUUAAUUAGCGUCAUAAUGUUAUAUCUUGGGUUGUGACGUUUGUGCCACACAUUCCUCGGCUCUCUCAGAGCCUUUACUCCAUCAUGUGGACGUGCAUGGCUGUUUUCCUGCUGUGGGUGAGGUCAGGAGGAUGCACGGAGAAGGCCAGCAAGCCAGCGCUGAUGGAAUACACGGCUGCAGACUUCAACGACAAAUUGCAUUCUGGGAAGACGAUGUUCAUCUAUUUCGAGCAACAAGUGUCCUCAACCAUCUCUCUCUUCUUGGUGGAGUUGGAGCAGUCCGCUGACCCUCUGCAGUAUUAUGGAGUGCUGGUUGGCAAGGUCAACUGCAAUAAAGAGCCAGUUCAUGGAUACUGUGCGGAAGAAAAGGCUCGGAACACAGCGUUUCUGUUCAGGGGUGGCAAGGAGUUCUUGGGCUUUAAUUUGGACACCGUGUUUGACGUGAACUCCAUAGUCUCCGAGGUCCUAUUUGCCAUUCUGCGCGAAGAGAUCAAGUACGUUCACACAGAAACUGACCUGCUGGCCAUGGAGAAGGCCGCCAGAGGGAAGAAGGAUAUCGCGCUGGGUUACGUCAGCAGUCUGGGGACGAAAGAGCACAGAUCGAUGAUGGAGACAGCGUAUGUGUACGGCUCCAAAUACCAAUUCAUCCUCAUAACUGGAGGCCCAGUUUUGAACCAUUUAGGAGUGGAUGAGACGUCUCGCUCGUCUCAAGUGUGGUUCCUCCACUGCAGAGCUCACAGUGGGUCCAUGACCUCCGAGCACUGUCCCUCGACCCGCAUGAGCAAACCCCUGUCCACCCUCAGCCUCCACUCUUUCCUGCAGCUCAUGGAGGCUCCACUAGUGUCCGAAGUUUACGACGACCCGUCCUCGGUCCAGACCCCUCAGUUCCCCUACCAGGAAACCCCCCAGGUCUUCCUGUUCUCCCGUCCCGCAACCAAGCAAGAGGACCUGGACAGGUCCACCGAUCUGGCCUGGAGGCUCCGCGGCCUCGCCCUAGUGGUGCUUGUGCACAGGCAGAGUCCGGCAGUGAAAACCGCAGAUGAAUAUAAUGCUGCUUACAGGCUGCCUGAGAAAGAUUCAGAGGUGAAGUAUUUGCACUCAAACAGCCUCGAUGAGCUGAUGGAGCUCUUCACAAAUCAAGAAGAAGAGCAAGAGGAAGAGGAGGACGAGGAGUCUGCCGAGGAGGCGGAUUUGGAUUCAGAAUUAAACAAGCUGGACGAUGAAAUCGCCGUGUCCGUCUUCGAAAACCGCCUGGACUUGCCGGACGUGGACUCUCUCAUCGAACUGACUGAUGACAAUUUCCACGCCACAGUUGCUCAAAGCAGCCUGACAGUGGCGCUCUUCUACCUCCCAUGGGAUGCUGUUUCGAAGACUUUUCUCAGCUCAUUCAUUGAUGUGGCUGAGAGACUUGAAGGUUCCGAGGUCCAGAUGAGUGCGGUCAACUGUGCGGAGUGGACCGACCUCUGUGCUGCCGAGUCGGGCAUCUCCCCCCCGUUCCCAUUCCAGCCAGUCACGGUCUUCCCCACCGUCCUGCUGCUCCGCCCCCAGGAGUCAGCCCAGCACUACGGAGGCAUGCUGGGAACUGAGGCACUGCAUCGCUUCAUCAUGCUGAGCAGACCAGCCUCUCCGGCGCUACUGUCCACCCAAGAGGAAGUGACAUCAUUCCUCCAAGUGCCUCAUCCAAAACUAGCAGGCUACAAGCCCGAUCGGGUACUGGGACUGUUUAGGACACAAGCAGACGCAGGUGUACGUCCGUUCACUGAAGUAGCAAAGUCAUUGAGAGGAGAGGCGCUGACCGGACUGCUGACAGAUGCGCUGGCAGAGAAAUGGGCGUCGGAGCACAACGUGGAUCUCCCUGCAGUGUCGGUGUUUCCUUCUUGGGGGACUGGGCCCUCCACGCUGCCCGCAUCCACCUCCGCCGACGAGCUGCUCUCACACAUCCGCACCGCACUGCUGCAUCCACUGCCUGAGCUGACGGUGGAGAACCUGCCGUCCUUCCUCUCCCUGGGCAAAGGCCUGCUCCUCCUCUUUGUGGGAGAGGAGGAGGACGAGAUCGGGCUGAGGCAGAACCAGGCGCUGCUGGAGGAGAUGAGAGGAGUGGUGGAGCUUGGGGGCGAGCGGAUGGAGCAGUACCUGGUCUGCUGGAUCCACCUCGGCCGCACUCCAGCUGGUAUGUCCGUCCUGGGGUCAUACCUGGGCUCCAUGCCCCCCCUCCCUGCCCUGGUCCUCACCCAUUUGCCCUCUGGAAGUGAAAUCUAUCAGUACUCCCCCAACACGCCCAUAAUGGCCCCCUCUGUCCUGCAGUGGGUGCAGAGGGUGGAGGAUGGGAGUGAGUCAGCAGCAGGGACGUUGGGUGGGGACAGCUGGCCUCCCACUGCCGAGUUGUUCGACUUCCUGAAAAUCAUGGACAUGCAGGAACCCAACUCCAGCCAGCAGCAAACUCCUGAGGCUAAGGGGGAAGAAGGCAUGGCGGUCGAAAAAGCAGCGGAUUCCUCCUCUAGCUUUCCCACACAGGACAAGUACCCUCACACUGAACUGUAAGAGAACAAGAUGGGGAACUACGGCAAAGAUUAAACAUUUUUAGUG